AUGGACCAACUCAUGGCGCUAUUUCAGGAGAUGUGGCAGCGUGGACAAGUUUCUCAGAACUUCAAGGCCGCAACCCCUGUUCAUCUCCACAAACGCAAAGACAACCGGCAAGUCUGCCAUCCCACUGUUCAGCAUCGCCGGUAAGAUCUUCGUCCGCAUCAGUCGUCACAGCAGACACCUCAGGCAAGGACUCCUGCCGGAAAGCCAAUGUGGUUUCCGACGACACCCUUCUUCUCUAACAGUUCGGCAUGCGCCGGCUAUGUUAGGAUCAGCAAACCAUGGCAUUCGCAGCCUUCUAUGCGCUGACAGUUCCUCGACACCUGGUUCUCCGCCGGUAGAUGCGUUUUCGCUCCCGCUGGGUAUGCAGGUCGUAAGAAUGGCUGUCCAUUAAUCCUCCUCCUUCCGACCUGUCGUGGUGUUGUUGGUGUUGAUUGAAGUCCAGGUCAGCUGUUGUGUGGAUCAUGGGUGUGUGUGGAGUGGAGCGCCAAGGUGCGGACUCGUCCGUGCCACCCACCUGUGCUUUCUCCGCGUUCGGGCUUCUUGGCUCUGCCUUGACACCGGGCACAUGUGGGGGGGAAGGAGCGAGCUCGGUAGACGCUGCGCAAUCCUACACACAGUAUAAACUAAUUCACACGCAAUUCACCUUGCUGUGGGGUACAUGGAGGUUAUCGUCGAAUGUGACGGUGUAACUGCCGCCAUAUGCACAGAUAUGUGAGAAGGUAAGGCGAUCACAGUAACCAUUAAUUUCUUGGCCUGACGUUUCCAAAGCAAACAAGCUUUCAUCAUCUGAGGUGGGUUGCGUACAGCACGUCACAGCAUUUAUUGGUUUUUCUUCGUGCUGGCGUGUCACCGACUUCCAGCGCGUUGCAUAGCGGGGUUGGUGACUGUUGUCAUGGUGGCAUUGACUCCUUCUCAUCCUUUGUCGGAUGUGUGGAGGGGGACGGCGUCGGCGUGCUCGCGGCCAUCGGCUCUUGUUUGCAUUGCCCGUUGUUCGCCCUCCACGUAUCUCGCUUUCCUGUCCCGUUCACACCUGACAGUAUCCGCGUGGACAGUUUUUGUCUCGCCGGCGUUGACGUCGGGCUGGGGGUCCCUGUCACUGUCGCUUGUUCUCGCCUGCGUUCAGACCCAGUAGGCGGUCUCCUGCGUUUGCGUUCGCCGCUGGUUGUUCCCUGUUUUCGUCCGUUUCCGAUGCCCGUCUGGGUUUGACUAGCGCCGUCUCUGGCCUGACGUCUCGCCCGUAGUCCUGCUUACUAAACUGCGCCUCUAGGGUUUAGUAGGCUGUCGGCAGAGCUACACGGCGGUCAGUCGAGGUAGUUGUCGUGUGCGAGGUUUCGAGCGUCUCCCUGACCGUUUGGUCGUCCCCUUCGCCCAAGACUUUGGCGUCUUAAAAGGCGAAGGCGUGGCCAGAAGCUGCACAGUGUUUCACCACCAACAAGAGCUGAUCAGUUCUUCGUAUCACGCUUUCGCGCUCGCACAGGCGGGUCUGCAAUCCUUUCCUGUCUCUCCAACGUACUUCGCUUCGCAGGAACUGCACUGGAUCCGGUGGAUGACGCUGGCCGUUUCAUCUCGUGGCAGAGGCGUUUUUGGGCUCAUUACUAGAUGUCUAAUUGUUUAUUGAGAUAUUUGGACGAUGCCGAUACCUAAUGAUUGCAAGAUACGAGCAAAUGCCUUGGAAACGUUCGCAAUAUAUGGCAGCGCACGCCAGACUUUCGUUUUAUUCGCCGUUAGCAUUAUAGCUGGUCUGGACAGUCUUCUGCUUUCUAUAAAGCUGCGGGGAUAACCGCUGGAAAACAAGAUCCGCCGUAGAUAGUGGAGUUAGGACACUUUGUCGGCCGUUUCGCUGCAAUGGCUGUCAACCCUCUUGCAGAGAGAUCGCACACAGUUUCGUUUGUGACACAACGGGUGACUCCUGUGAUAUGAUAGGUCUUUCCGAAUGUUGGUGACCUUUCUGUAGAUCGUUGUUUUCAGGCCCCCGUUGAUCUUGCAAUGAACCAGAACGUUUAGGAUGACAAUCCGAUUGUUUUUCUCUGUCUCACUGAUGAACUGAAUACCAGGAAAUAAAGAGUUCAGUAACACCUGGAAUUUUGACACUAUUUCCCGUUUGAGAACGACGAAAGUAUCGUCCACAUACCGCGACCAAAACUUUGUCUUGUAUGUUGCGAACACCAACGCAUCUAACCUUUGAAAAGCCGCCUCAGUGAUGAAACCGGAUAGCAGUGAGCCCAUCGGCGCACCCUUUAUUUGCUCGUGACCAGUCCCUUCAAUCUUGAAGAACGUUUGGAGGCAGUAUUUGAGCGAAUGGGAUUAGAAGGGCCUAACGUUAUUGUAAGCAUGCACUUUAAUAGAUUUUUCUUACAACGCACAUAUUUCAACAGUACGACGUUCUGAUAUAAAUGUCCUGGCCUAACGAAAAUUUAGCUAAUGUUAGUACAUUUGAUGAAGGGAUUUUUUCAACUUAAUGAAAAAUAGCAAUUAAAGCACUCCACUAUUCACAAGCUAUCCACUUUUGAUUGUAUCCGCAUGAAAAACAUACCACUUUGAUAUUUAUUAGUUGUUUAGGAGGGGAGAGAUCGCGCUUUAGAACAGUAUGCAAUAAUUCGAAAUUUCCAUGUUUGCCAAAAAUUGAUGGCAGGUCGCGGUUUAUUGAGAAAACACUGAUUUUCCGGAAGUUGCAGCUGACUUGGAGCUAAAAUUCGAGUCAGUAUAAAAUCGGAUGCGUCCAAGACGUUAUCCCUCACCAAAUGCUGCACUGAGGCUCAGGGUUCCAGCAACUAGGAAUAACUUAUGAAGAUUUAUUGUUCACACUCUUCCCCCACCAUUUAAUUCUUGGGCGUAUCAAAGGAGGAGUUUUCGCAUGGCACUUAUUACUCACUUGGAAAAGCAUCGUUACGAAGGCGUCUUCUGAGUUUGCCGUGUUGUUAGCAUGCGUCGUGUAAUGCAUACUGAUGUCACAUUUAUUCGUUACAACAGGCAUUUCUUAAACAAUGGUAAAGUGUUGACAUCGAGACUAUGAAACUCGUGAUUCUAUGACUUUGGUCAGGUUGGCGUUGGAAGGCAAAACAUAAAUAUCGCUGUCAUUUACUUCGCCAAGUUGUUCACGCAAUAAUAUUUCUCAUAUUCCACUGCGUCAUCAGCAAAAUAUACGUAAUCUGCUUAUUAAAGAACGUAAAAUCAGGACUAUCGGAGGAUGGAUCGGGCAGUGUGUUGAAGCAGCCCUUCUGCCAGUGUCGCAUACGCACUAUCCAUGCUCGAUAUACCAGGCUUUUACAGAGGUAGCGGUUCGGAUCCCAUCUGAGUGGGAGUCAUUGCCGUCUGACCCUCUAUCCUGAGAGAAGGACCGAGUUAUCUCUUCAUUUGAAAGCCUCUUUGUGCGCACCAUCAAAGUUUAAAAGCGCUUCAGAUUGUUAACAGUUGGGAAGGUGCACUGAGUGCCGUGGGAGCAAAUCCACAGAGUCAACCUCGUUCUCCCUGCUCUCUCUCAAGCACCAGUCCACUUCCCGAUCUAGUAAGUCAUCUGAUGUGAGAAUUUGGCGCAAAUGGCUGACUGAGAUAGAGAGCCAGUCUGCGCGUGCAAAACUCGACCCGGUCACAGCACAAUACACCACGUUUUUACACAAAUGGCGUAGGCGGCCCGGAUAUGGCAUGCGGGAGCAUGCCACGGUGUCCAUGCUAAGAGGGAGCCUACAAACACGCUUUACGCUUACGGGAAAGGCGCCUCUUCCAUGCCCGUGUUGGGUGAGGUGGGGCGAGUUCGUGUGUGAAGUAUGAGCUGGUAGGGAAAUGUGUGAGUGCUGAGGCUUGGUACUGGUUCACCGGUCUCGUUGCGAUGAGUUCUUAGGUGAUCCACCGGGGCUCUGCGGGAUGUAAAGGUGUGAUGGCAAUGAGGACGGGUCGGAAUCGAGUCUGCAAUGCUGACGGUGGGGGGAGGGAAGAGCUGGUUGUGUCGUGUCAGUUUAGAUUGUAGGGAGAUUCUGGCUACUAUGGCCUUCAGGUCCGGCGAUACGGAAAGGUUAUAUCAAGCCCCCGCGGAACUGCCGAAGCCUUUGCAAAAGCAGUCUUCAUCGAAAACCGACAAUGCCCGCUUGAUAACGUAUAGCAUUGAAGUUGCGGCCUUAGCCGCCUCACAACACUGCAUAGAGGGCUUUAGGCUGUCUGCAACCCAGGCUCCGAUAUCCUUCCGCGUUUCUGCUUCUCGGAGUGGCAUUCCGUUCAGGAGGGUAUUGUCGCGCACCAGGGGUCUGAUUUCCGCAUUGCAGUAUGGUACAUUUGUUCAAAUUGAAGGACAAGAGCCAUCUGAGGGACCAUUUGUCCAAUCGACAAAGAUUUUCCUGAUAGUUGGUCUCGUCGGCAGCAUUCUGGAUGGCUUUCCAGAUUUUUAUGUCAUCAGCAAACAUGGCACUAUCACAGUCCAACCCAUCUACACAAUCACUGAUGAACAAGAGAAAGAAGGUUGGUCCGAGCACUGAGCCCUGUGGACUCUACUCUCUAUGAAUAUGCACAUUGAUUGCUGCUGUCCUAUGCAGACUACUUGGGAACGGCCAUCGAGGAAAUUCUCGAUCCAUUUGAUAAGUUUGCCGCCGACGCCCAUGACUCUCAACUUGUACAGGAGAUGCUGGUGCGGAACACUGUCGGACGCCUUCCGGAAACCUAUAUAGGCCACAUGCACGGUAUUUUUUGCGUCCAGUGCUCUUGUCAAACUUUGCAUUAUGUAAAGUAAGUUCGUUGCACAUGAUCUUCCCCUACGAAAACCGCAUUGUGCAUUGGAGAAGAGGCUGUUGGUUUCCAUAUAAGCCAUCAACUCCUUUUUUAUGGUUUUCUCCAUCACUUUGCAGCAGACUGAUGUCAAACUAACGAGUCUUUAGUUUGUCGCAAGACCACGACUACCAGUUUUGUUAUGGGUUGUAUUGUAGAUCGUCUUCUAGUCCGUGGGAAGGAUUCGAGCAUCAAAUGACUGCUGGCACAGAAAGGUUAGUGGUCUGUCUGGCUGUCCGGCGAACUCCAAGAGCAGCUUUGCUGAGAUCUCGUUCAGACCGGGAGAUUUACAUUCUUUCCAGUUUCUUAAAUCUUCCAAAAUCGUUUCUUCUUGAAACACAAUAUUUUCAAUGGUCGGCUCUCCCAUGUUCUCAGAACUGGCUGGAAUAAAGUCUGCUUCUCUUGUGAACACAGAUUGGAAAGGCUGAAAAAAUGCACAGGAUUUAUUUGUACUGUCCGAUAUCUCCAGCCGUCACAAUUCCUCAUGACAGGAAGCGGAUUCCUGUUACGGGUACUCUUUCGCAAAUGGCUGUAGAGCAAUUUCGGUUUUUUAACGGCUCAGUGGAGUAAACUAUUCUCGAAAUCCCGUCGCCUCCUUAAAAUCAAGCUCUUCACCUUAUUUCUUUGAACUUUAUAUGCUGUAAACGCUGCGUUGUCGUUGUUUUCGCAAAACUUCUUCCACAGCCUUCCUUUCUUGUUGAUCUCCUUCUUGAGGUCUCGCGUUAGCCACUAAGAUCGGUUGAGUAUCCUAGGCUUUGACGAGAGUCAGUGGCUCCUCAUUAGAUGCAGCAACCGAUCCUUGAAUAACUUCCAGUCCUCGUUAACGUUUCCGGAUAAGAAAACAUCCCAGUCUAUUUGUAAUGCCUGAGUUUUGCAAAAUGAGCACUGAGACAUCAAAAAUAGACUAGUAUGUUCUUUUAUCCGGAAAUGUUAACGAGGAUUGGAAUUUAUUCAAGGAUCGGUUGCUGCAUCUAAUGAGGAGCCACUGACUCUCGUCAAAGCCUAGGAUACUCAACCGAUCUUAGUGGCUAACGCGAGACCUCAAGAAGGAGAUCAACAAGAAAGGAAGGCUGUGGAAGAAGUUUUGCGAAAACAACGACAACGCAGCGUUUACAGCAUAUAAAGUUCAAAGAAAUAAGGUGAAGAGCUUGAUUUUAAGGAGGCGACGGGAUUUCGAGAAUAGUUUACUCCAUUGAGCCGUUAAAAAUCCGAAAUUGUUUUAGUUUUAUCAAGGGAAAUAUUGGCGAACGACUUUGAACUCCCUAUUUGUGACAGAUGGUCUGAGAAAAGCAUCGAUUAGUGGAAAUUUGAAAAAGAGAGUUUGCACAUAAUUGCAUACGAAAGGCAGGCAGCUGUCAUCCAAAUGAAAAAGGCAAACCUGGACGGUUAACCACCCAUUGUGAGUAGCAUAAAUAUGUAUAAGUUGGGUAAGGAGUUAUGCGAGAGAAUGUGUGAAUGGUAAUUGGGAAGCUUGAUACGCGUCCAGUGUAGGCUUAAAAGAAUCCACACAGGAGGAGAGUAAAAACUAAGUGGGCCGGGAAUUCCACGCUGCAACCACUCCGUUACUGAAAAAGGACUUUCAGCCAUUGAUCCUUGCUUUAUCUUUGCGUAGUUUUAGGUGAUGACCGCGAAGAGUGAGCGUGUUGGUUUGAGUGAAAUAAUCAUCUCGUGCUAAGCAACCGUUUAGGCCGUCUAUAAUGCGGAACGUUAGUAUAAGAUUACCGCGAAGUUGCCUGCAGGAACGGGAAAACAGGUUGAGAGUUGACAGUUUGGUUUAAUAGGGCAGUGCACCCAGACUUUUUGUCAUUUUUGUCGUCUGUGUAUGAACCUUCUCUAAGACGGUGCAGUCCUCGACAGCCCAAGGUCUCCAUGCCUGUAUUGUGUAUGCUUGAUGAGGCCGCAAGAGGGUGCCAAAUAUUUUGGAAAGGCUGUCCUUGUCAAAUCCCAUAAGGGUUCACCUAUUAAGAUGCAAUGUAGCCAUGACCGACUUAGUUGCCUUCGCGCAGUUCAAUGUUGGUUCAGUUGAGGAAGUAAUUCGCACACCCAAGUCCUUCUAACUAUCAAAUUGUUGAAGUUGUGUACCGUGAAGAAAGUAAGUCCUGGGGCUGGAGGCUCUGCAGCUGCCGAGUUUAAGAAAGUCACACUUAUUUGCAUCGAGUAGUAUAAGUCAGCGCUUCGACCAGUCCUCGAGCCGGGUCAGGUUUGUUUGCAGGUAGUCAAUGGCGUUCUCAACUCCUGAACUAUUUUGAACCCAGCCUGCAGUUGCACUUGCGAGCAGAGUUUAAAAACUACACUCUUCAUGCUCUUCGUAUUUGAAAAAUCAUGCAUUCCACAAUGCCAUUAGAAAAGGUCAUGCAGCUAAAAAAUCUUGCAAUGGACGUGGAUCGUGUUGGCUGCCUCAUAGACAACAUUCACAUGUUUGCAAAUAUGCUGGUGUGUGAAUGGACAUUUCGGGGUUUCAAAAAGUCUCAUAAUUGCGACUUUUUAAAAUGUGAAAAUGUCGAAUCUCCCAGUAUAAGAUUCGAAGAUGACGUAGCCUGUUACCCAAAAUCUAUAAAAUAUCAUUGAAGUUAUUCGAAGAAAAAUGAGUUCUUUGGGAAAGUGAACAAAUUUCAUUUCGUAAAUUUUCGACGUCAUCAGACGUGUAGGCAGUGUGAAAAGCAGUUUAAAUUUGAACGUGUCAGAGAAAACUGAUAUUGCUUUGUCAUUACUGACGGUGGGUCAAUCCUGUGGCUAACGUCACUUUUUGACUGGCUAUCACCUUUUCCAUUUUCCUUGAGAUUUAUGUAUAUGGCGUCCAGAUCUAUGAACCGAUUGACGAAGUAAUCAUCAGAGUAAAUGGCCUCUAGAAGUCCCCGGCCUUUCUUAUAUGGGCAGGAACCGUCAGUGUGUGUUUUAUCCCAGGCAAAUUUGUGCCUAGUUUCAAGAGUAAGCAUGGCGACUUGGGAUAAGUUGUCCCGCCUCUUCACCGCCAACUGGUGUUUAUGUAGGCGUGUGGAGGCGAAUUUUCCGGUUUGACCGCAAUAUACUGCAUUACAAGUGCUAUAUGUAAUCUCAUAGACUAUUUAUUUUUUAUUCAAGUAGCCAACCCUAUCCUUAAUGUGAACAAGCUGAUUACGUAGCGUAGUCGUAGGUUUGUGCGCCAGGUGUCUUUCAACGAGUUCAGACACAUUUUUAAUGUAGGAAAACGUUCACCAAUUUUUGCUUUUGAUGUUGGCGCCUGAUCGGAACAAUCUCGUUCCUUAUCUCUUUCCUUUUAUUUCUGCUUUCUCAUGCAUCGUCGUACAAAAUCUCUAGGGUGGCCGUUUUGGGAAAAUAGAUUGAACAAAUAAUUGAGUUCUAAUUUGUACGAUUCGUUCUCAGAGCAGUGUGUCUUUGCUCUAUAAAGUAGGGUGUUAACAGCACUCCGUUUGUGAGCGAUAGGGUGCUUGCUGUCGUAAUGUAGGAUAACUUCCGCAUAAGCUUCUUUGCAGUAUGUGUGGAAUGUUAUGUCAGUUUUUCGCUGUACGAGGACAUCAGAAAAUGGGAGUUUGCUCGCAACUUCUCUUCCGAGCGUGAAAGUGAUUCCCGGUAGUGUUGAGUUGAUAACGUUAUGCAGACUUUUCAGCUGAUCUCUCUUGACGAUGACAAGGGUAUCAUCUACGAAGCGUACCCAUAAUUUGAGAUCAAAUAACGUUACGGUCACCGCCUCUAAUUGUUGCAUUGUGACCUCAGUCAGAAAGCCAGAAAUAGGUGACCCUGGAUGAGCUCCCUUCAGCUGUCGAUAAUAUUCAAGUGCAAACGAGAUGUUUUUUUCCAGACGUAAGUGCAAGAGGUCGAACAAAGCAGAUCCAGUAACAUCGAUGUCGUAGGAUUGUAUUGCUAAAUCGAGUGGUAUGGACGUGAAUAGGGAGACAACAUCGAACGACACCAUUAUCUCAUCCGUACCAGUGGUGAGUCCUCGUAUUUCGUCCAGAAAUUCAAUAGAAUUCUCGAUUGAAUUCUCACAAUCAUUUGUAAAGAGAUGCAGUUUGUGGAAUAGCCAUUUAGAAGUCCUAUAAUUCGAUGCACCGAUUAAUGAUAAUAUCGGUCGCAGUGGCUCGGCGGGUCUGUGAAUAUUCGGUAGUCAAUAAAUUUUGACAAUUGUCGGCUCAGUUUGUCUCGGUGAUUUCGCAAUUUAUCCUGGUACAUAGUUGUUUUUUCCUGCAAGACAUUUCAGUACUUUAUUGAUGGAUGAAAUCUGGGCUUUGGUGCAGUCCAUGGUGAGGGGCAUAUAUAAGUUAAUCUAUAUUUUAACAAUGGUGGCGUGUUACUAUCGUAGUCUGCUUUGUUUAAAGAUGCGGUUGAGGCAUUCGGUAUGUCCACUAGUCUUCCGAACAUAGAGAACUGGAUUGUCUGUCUGUGUGGUCGUGAUAAGUGCUCAGCCCGAAGGCAGAAAUUUAGCAAACGAUUGAUCUGGGACGACGGAUCCUGAGUCAAUGGAGGAUUUAGUCGUCUGUCCAACAAAGAUCCGCUAACCGAAAAUGUUUAAUAACCUGAAGACGGUUGUGUGCCAACCUACUGAAAUACUCGAUGAUUGUGACGAGUCGGAUGAGAGAAUUUAUUGCCUCAAUGAGCAGCGUUGACGGACGACAGAAGGACCGCAUAUUCCAUGUCUGUAGGCUCGCCGGCGAUUGCUAAUUUGUCGUAUCAUCCGGGUCACGAAAUCGCUUUCAGUGGGGGCUGGAAUCGAUGAGGGGUGUCAUCGCUGGACAAUGCGCCAAGCACCAUUGUAAUCUACGGUCCUGUUGGAUAGAAUCUAUAGUCAAACUUGACGAACGUGGCGGGUCGUCACCCUAUUGCCCACUGAACAUGUUGAUUCAAAUUUAGUAGAGAGAGAGUGAGAGAGGGAUGGUGUAGAGAGACUUGUGAGGAGGAGGAGGAGGAGGAGGAGGGGGAGAAGAAGAAGAAGAAGAAGAAGAAGAAGAAGAAGAAGAAGAAGAAGAAGGAAGAGAAGGGGGAGGAGGAGGACUCGGCGGCUGCGGCAGUCAGUGCUACACAAGUCUCAUUUCGUCAGCUACAAACCACCACUGUUCCUCGGGGGUAA